UGAUCCUCCUCGCUCGUUCAACGCUUCGAUAAGACGCACCAUGAUGAUGAAUGGUGCGACCAUUGUUUUGGUAAUUUAAAAGUCGAUAAAAAAUGCGAUGUUUAUUGUUAAACUCCUAUCAGUUGUUCGAGUUCGAGCUAGCGAAAUUUAUUGAUGAAUCCCGAUAAAGCGAUACGCGUGAGAUUGAUAAGAUCAAUGUUCGCUGUGCGAUUCAUUAAAAUUGACAGUUAGUUAAUCAAAUGAUGUUACAUUUAACAAAAUUGAAAUUGAUCGAUGAUAAAUAUUUGGUGAAUCAAAAAAGGAGUUAGUCUUGUUAAAUAUAAUCUUAAUAUAAUCCUAAAUAUAGUCUUUAAAUAUAAUGAUAUCUCAUGUCAGUCAUUGUUUUGUACAUGCUAAGUUAAUGCUUUAAUUAGCAAAAAUGAUAGAGUGAAUUUGACAGAUCUCAAAAUUAAUAAUCAUACUCUCAAAUGUUCAUUUGAUGAUCUGUGAUUGUCAAAUUGACGACGACCGAAUUUGAUUCGUUCGUAAUAAGCUGCACAAAUGUAACGCUCGAUUAGUUAAUUAUUAACAUUAAUCGAGUAAUUAAAAUAAUUAUAUAAAUAAUGGAAAAAAUAUUUGAUUAUAUAUCUCUUUUGGAUUGACAGACUGGACGCCAUUUGUCACUUGUAUAUAUUCCCUGUCUCGCUUUCGCUUAUGUAAUUUCGCGGGACGUCGACGUAUAUACAUCGGAGUCAGUACGAAAGUGGAUACACACACACGCCGCGUUUAUGCAUACAUAUAUAUCCCGUCUGUUACACGGGAGAGCCCGGCUUGAUGUUAUGUAACAUUAUGUGCUUAUGGCAACAUUUUUCCCCUUGCCAACUUAGAGCAACCCACGUUCCCACGAUGUUCAUUUCCGCGUUUUUUAACGUCGCAAAGAUAAAAAAUCCAACGACGACGACAAAUAUGGAGUUUGAGCGAAAGAAGAGAAAAGAGUAUGUCAAAUACGCAAAAGUUUUCCCGCUCUCGGGGACGCUCGACUUCAAAGUGCCCAGCAAAUGGUACCGAAGAGUCGUUGGCUCGCUCGAGAUUAUCUGCGGCCUCGCCAUGGCGAUUAUUCCAAGUCAUAAAGUUAAGAACUUAUCCAAUACAGUACUGCUUCUUUUGAUGCUGAUGGCUGUGUACUCUCAUUACAUGGUCAACGAUAAGUUCGAGAGGAUUGCCCCGGCACUGGUGAGUAAUCGAUUGAAUUUCACGAACCAUAAACUGGUAAAAAGUAAAAUGUGGUUUCAGGUAUUCUUCUUUAUGCUGACGGGGCGAUUGGUAAUCGACUGGCAGCUAAGACGAGAGGAUACGCAAUCAGUGACGGCAAACGGCGUCGAUGAUAAAGCUAAGAAGCAAGACUGAGCGGGAUUACGAUUGGAGAACGCGUCGUUUUCACGUUAAUCCAUUAGAUUCUGCGAUUUCAUUUCUGAAACAUCGUAAAGUUAGUAUUUAUUUAUAAAUCAAACUUUCUCUUUUGCUCCCAUUUUUCCAAAAAUGGAACCCUUUAAAAAACUCAAGGCACCGUUUAUUCAAUAUCUUUUAUUUUUUAUCUCUUUCCUGAUAUUUAUAAACUUGAAAGAUAUUCAACAAGAAACUAUAUCUAUAUAAUAUCUAGGAAGAAAAGAAGAAACGGUAUUUUGGGAUCAUGUGGGUUAAAUUAGUAAAAAGUAUAUGCUUUCAAAAGAGGAAGCGAGAUGGGAAACGAAUAAUUUACGGUGAUCAUUUUUAAUACGAAUAGUGAAAUGAAUUUUCAUUGCACUCUAUAUCUACUUGACGCACUAUAUUGCAAUAUGAUUUACAGAAUAAAAAGCGAGCAUCGUUAAGUUUAUAAACGCGAUCAAAUUUGCAAUUAAUUGCGAAAUCGUGCAAAAAGAAAUAAUUUCUUAGCUUUAUACCUUUCUUAUCUCAUGAUGUAGAUUAUUUGAUCUAUACGGAUUUAUUUCGAUAUACGAACAUAAUUUAGUGAUUAAUUAAAAUCUGUAAUACAAAAUUCGAUUGUUAAUAUUAAUAGUAAUCGCAGUUCGAUGAGAAAUCUGUGAACGUUGUUUUCGCUAAUCGAUGUGAUAGUGUUUUAUCCCGCAACAAUUUGAUCCAUUAAGACAAGACACUAUUGCAUCAAUGUCGAUAGUCGCACUAGCCAUGGUUAAAGAAAUUAUCUCUCUCUAUUUAUAUUACAGUUAGGACAAUGAUACGAAAAAAGCAAAGGGUCACCAGCGGAGAUAGUUAUCAUCAAUGUUAAUUUUAAACUUGUGGUUAAUUUAUUCUGAUUAAUAUUUUUUUCCAUCUCUUGUCAUCCCUUUCAUAAUUACGACAUAAUGAUUGUCGUAUCAAAUACACACACAUAGAUGCACAAUAUACAUAUAAUAACACUAAUAAUAUAAGCAGCUAUAUAAUAUAUACAAUUAAUAUCAAAAAUAAAGUUAAAUUAGAAAUAUAAUCCUUCUAUAUAUAUAUAGACACGAUAUAAACAAGUAUAAUAUAAGAUUUUAGCUAUGGUAUAAACGGAGAAAGAAAAUUUAAUUUUUAUCGCGCGUAAUAUUAAUCGACAUUGAUGCGACCAGUCCCUCGGUGACAUUAGCUUAAGCUCAAUAAUAACAGAAAUAGACUCAGAGUACUAACGAUAUUAGGUGAGGAAACCAGCAAACAAGAGCUGAGGCGCGAUAAUUGAUGCGUGAACUUUUUUGUUGUUUAAUUUUAAUAACAAGUAUGCAUUAAAUAUGUAUGUUUCGGAUCGUUUUUUUGGUCCAUCCUUAGCAUAGAUAAAAAUAUAUAAAAAUUAAAUUCGUAUUUAAAACUUAACAUGCACAAUAUUAAUUGUUACAAUCGAAAUUGAAAUCGAUAAUCAGGGAUAAGACUCGUCGAAACCCGCGUAGAGUCUGUAUUACAUUUUAAAUCACUGAUGGAUACACAUGUGAUGAUGACGCAUUUCGACGUUGUCCAUUAAUUUGUACAGACUUUACGCGUUUCGGUGAAUCUUUCUCUCUGAUUAUCGAUUUCAAUUUAAAUUUCCAUUGUAACAUAUAAUCUAAUUAUUGCAUCUCGGUUCUUAUUUGUCAGUUUCCUCAACUAGUAUCAUUAGCUUAAGCAUGAGGUACUAACUGCCACUUGAAUGAAUGUGUCCUUAUAUAUGUCGUGCGAGAAUGUGUGUAUGGACAUAUAGAGAAAAUGUUUCUUGGUAAUCGAUACACAUAUAUAUAUUAGUGUUAAUUUAUUUCUUAAAAAUUUCACGAGUGAGAAGUGUGAUCGGACAAUUUGAUAAAUAAAACCAAAAUUAAAAGU